CCAAGAUGGCGCUGAAUCAAUCGACUCAAGGCGAUGGUGUCGUCCUGUACCAAGGCGAAAAUAUUUUGAUGCACCAAGAUGAUGUGGAAUUGGAAUUUGAUAUGAAACCAAUGUUGGAUCACUUUAGAGGCUCAAAGAAAGGAAAGUUAUAUCUCACAACACAGAGACUGAUAUUUCACAAUCAGAAUAGAGAUUUAUUGGUCUCCUUUGCAAUGCCAUUUUACUAUAUGAAAGAAGUUGAUAUAAAGCAACCAGUAUUCGGUGCCAACUAUAUCAAGGGUAGAAUCAAGGCUCAGCCUGGAGGUGGAUGGGAAGGAGCGGCUUUUUUCAAACUGACAUUUAAAACUGGAGGUGCAAUAGAAUUAGGAGAGCGGUUAAUGAAAGUAGCCAGCAAAAAUGGUAAUGUUCCGCCGGGACCAAGAAUACCAGCAGCAGCAGCAAAUUACCCUCCCCCAGGUGCUUAUCCUCCACCCCCUAUGAUGAUGAAUGGAGGAGCACCACAACCAGCAGCAUAUGGGUUUGAUUACAGCUAUGCUUCAGCACCUCCAUAUCCCAUGCAAGAUCAGUCUCCUGAGGCACCACCGCCUUAUUCAUCAGUUGCCCCCACUGCACCUCCAGUGUCGGAAGCAGAUGCCAAAGCCAGAGAAGCCAUGUCUAAUGGUGGUACUGCCUAUUACAGCCCUACAAACCCACAGAAUGUUUACAUGCCACCUGCACCACCACAACAGGCGACAGCACCACCACCGCCGUAUUCAACAGCUCACAAUCCAGAAGACAAGAAAAACCAGUGAAUUUGUGGAAAGAGUUUUCAUCAGCAUUUACAGACACUUUGAUGUUCUUUGUCUAUCCUGCCAUUGCUGGUCUAAUAGGAUAAACAAAUAUACAGGACUAUGUGCAAAAAGCGGUCUAUGCCAUUCAUGAUUUAAUGACAAGUGUUCAUGAUGGCUCGAACUAAUUAUUAAAUUGUCAAUUGUUUAAUUUCUAUAAUUACCACUCCACUGCUAGUCUGUUGAAUUAUUGUCUGUAGAAAUUUGGAGUUCAGUUAACCUUGCGUAUGGUGCAUGAUAAUUGUAAUACGUUUUCUCUGUGGUUGCCACCAGUGUCUUUUUUUCUUAUCUACAGUUAAUUUGCAAAACAAGCUACAAAAUAUAUUAUUUAACAAUAGAUAAUACAUUGUAUAUAGCCUAAUAGUUGGUUUGGCUGCUCCUUAACAUUGCAUUCAGUAUUCCAGACAACGAAUAUGAUUUACUCUCGACAUGGAAAAUUCUUUGAGAAAACUGAUUAUGUAAAUUGUUAUUGAGUAAAUGUACAUAAUGUAUCCAUUAUAAACAAUGUAGACCGGGCUAAAAAA